AAUUUUGAGCAGAAAAAGAAAAAGCUUCUUCUAUCCCUAAAAACAACUCUCAUCACUUUCCUCUCUCUCUCUCUCUCUCACACACACACACAAAUGUGGAAUUUCUUCUUCUACUACUUCUUAUUUUUAUAAUUUUAACUUCAAUUUUUACUCGUACAAAGUGGUGUAAUUUGGGGAGGUUUGAUUUUGUGAAAUGAACAAAGGACAGUCACCGGAGCCUCUUGAUUUCUUCAUCUGGACUGUUGAGGAUGUUGGCAUGUGGCUGGAGACUAUAAAUCUUGGUGGUUAUCGCCAAAUUUUUAAGGAAAAUGGUGUUAAUGGAGAAUACCUGGAAGGGAUGUCUAUGUUCACUACCGAACAGAUCCUUCGUUUCAUAAGACGUUGCCACAUGAAGUGGGGAGACUUCAUCACAUUGUGCAAGGAAUUGAGACGGAUUAAAGUGGCCUGUCUGAAAGGGGAACAAAAGGUGCGGCGGCCAUGGUGGGCACCGGCAUGCCUAUCUACAGUGUUCUUAAAGGUUGCAAAAUCCAACAGACAAUCAAGAGUUGUUUCAUUGAAGUUGGAACCAUGAUGAUUACUACACAACCUCUGCAUGUGUCUACAUAUAGCAAUUUUCUCUUUGCCUAGAAAACAGAAUAUAGGAAAAAAACUACUUUUAGCUUUUUUCUUUUUUUUAAUUUCAAUUCCAAAGCGUGGUUGUUUAUUCUCCUCAAGAAAUCUUCUUAUGUAGAAGGUCCUAUGUGCACUAAUUUCUGGUGCUGUGUAAUUAUGUAUUCCCCCUAUAUGAACAUAAAUACAAUAUAUAUGUUGUCUUCUUAAGUUCAAUUCAAAUAUCUGUUUUCUACAUUCCAACCA